AUGGUCACCAGCUCCUGCUCGGCAAGAAAGUUGAUUUCCUGCGGUGACAAGUUCUGCUGGUACGCUUUGGGAAGAGACAUCCAGACGGCCGAUUGCGAGCCGGUGGUGAUCGACCAGGGCGUUGACGAGUCAGAGACGCCAGGCCUGCACGUGCUGGACCUGCCGCAGCUGGCAUACAAACCACCGUUCACCGUUCUGCUGAUUGUGCUUCAGCUGCUGAAAAACGACGAGGUUUGCAAUUUCGGUCAGCAAACGGGUCUCAAGCCGCUGGACACAGUCAAAUCUGAGUGUCCAGACGAGUUUUCCCAAACGGUUCCUUGGCUGCAAACAUAUUCGUCGCUAUUCUACCAAAACAUCAGCCAGUUGGACCAGCUUUCAACAGCAGACAUUGUCUCGUAUCUCACCAAUAUCGUCUCGUCCCCUUUGAAAUGGUUGGACCCAGAACACCGCGAGAAAGUGUGGGCUCUCGCAUCGGGAAUCAUCUCCGAGAAAUCGGGCCGCACUGCUGCCCCCGGAUUCACAAGAAAUAUCACCGUUCCAGGACUUCCUCCAAUCAACCUGUACGAGCCUGCACUGACAAGCGACAACCUGGGGCUGAAAACUUGGGGCUCGUCGCUGAUGCUUUCGAGACGGCUAGCCAGUCUGCCAAAGCUCAAGGAGCCAAUCCUAGAGUUGGGAGCAGGAACGGGACUCGUGGGAAUCUCCUGUGGUCUUCUCGGUUACUCAGACGUGAUACUCACCGACCUGCCGGAAAUCGUGCCCAAUCUCGAUAAAAACGUGCAACUCAACAAUCUCAAGCUUCAAUGCAGCGUCCUGGACUGGACGAAUCCACAAGGAUUCGCAGACAAUUCGUUUCCGACCAUCAUUCUGAGCGACCCAAUCUACUCAGCAGAUCAUCCAACACUGGUUCGCAACAUGGUGCAAAAGUUCCUGGCCCUCAACAACGCCCAGCUGCUCAUCCAGAUUCCAUUGCGUCAAAGAUACGAGGAAGAACGCGCAAAUUUGUGGUCCUUAAUAGACGGUCUGGGAUUGAAAGAACAUACCUGUAUCCAAGAAGAAGGGUACGACGAUUUCGGCGAGCAAUCGUUCCUCUUCAAAAUCUAUCAGCGCUGA